AUGGUUCAAGACACACUGGACUUAACACUUAGACCUGACCAAGGUGAAGUUAAAAACUGCCUCGGUGGUGUAGUGGCUAACAUGUACGGCUGCACACCCGGAGGUCCUAGGUUCGAGUCCCGGGUUGGGCCAAGUUUAGUUAUUGAGUCUUUCUGUAUAGUAUGCCUCAGUAACAGCCCGGAGUUGGGAAGUUGGCGGUGUUUCACCCCCGUGCCUCGGAGAGCACGUAGAGCCGUCGCGUCGGUUCCGCGCCUUAACUCUCACUGGUCGUGUCGAGCAGUCGUCCCACCGGAGUAUGAGAGUGACAGGAAUAGAGAGUGCGCUUGUAUCUGCGUGUACACUUGUGCACUA